AUGGACGUACUUUUCAUAACUUUUGGACUAAAAGUACCACUGACACCAGAUUCAGUCUCAAGUAUUGUACCUAACUCUUCUAAAGCGAGACAUUUAGCAGAAAUAGAUAUUUUUCUUAUGGAUGAAGCUCCAAUGCUUCCAAAAUAUGGAUUGCAGAACAUUGAUCAACUUUUGCGAUCCAUUGGGAAUUCAAAUCUCCCUUUCGGUGGAAAAGUAAUAGUACUAGGAGGAGAUUUUCGCCAAUGUCUGCCUGUACAGCCGCGUGCGAAUAAGUUUGAGUUAUUAGAUCUUUCUAUCAAGCGAUGCUCCUUAUGGUCCGUUUUUAAGACUUUUAAACUAGAAGAAAAUAUGCGCGUUGAUAUAGAACAACGACAAUUUGCUGAUUAUUUACUAAAAUUAGGCAACGGCGAACUGGCCCUAAAUACUAUGGAAGAAAUUGAAUUGCCACAGAAUAUCAUUUCAAGCAACAAACCUAUUGAUGAAAUAUUUGACAACUGCUUAGCCAAUGGAAAUUAUGAUGGGAUGAAAGACAGAGUAAUACUUGCGCCUCUUAACAAAGAUGUUGAAAAAAUUAAUUAUGAUAUAGUUGCCAAACUUCCCGGAGAGUACAAAAUCUACUAUAGCCUUGACUCAAUUAAAGAUCAACUUGAAGGGGCAGUCGAAUUUACAUUUGAAUCUGUUGGGGUUGACUUAAACUCAAGUUCGGUCUUUAUGCAUGGCAUGUUAUAUGUAGCAUUUUCUAGUUAA